CUUCGCGAGCCAAGGAGCGCGUCCGCAUUGCAAUACCGAACGCACAUCGAGCCGCACUGUCACGUAGAGUCGAGAGUCGCCGCUCGCCUCGACCCCGCGUAGAUUCAGCCUACAUCCUCCCCCUCAAACCCGAACGGCGAAACAGUCGGGGAUUGUCGAUCGGGAUAUCGGCAUGCCCGCUCGUAUCUGAUCGGGGUAAAUACUUGCCGGAGAGAGAGAGAGAGAGAGAGAGAGAGCGUGGGAAGUGGGUGAUGAACGCCGAGUUUUAGGGGUCGAGAUUAAGGGCGGGAGUCGAAACCCUUUACUUUCCAGGAAUGAUAGAGGGGAGGAUUCGGGAUAGUUUUCGAGUUGGUUUCUUAUAACCCUCCCGGUCUGUUCUCUGCCGACGCGUUGUUGUGUGUGUGUUUCGUUGUUGUGAAUGUCAAAGCGUGUAUUUACGCCAACGAUAUAUCGUGUGUUUCUUCUGACGCGCGCGGAUGAAACUAGGCCGGAAUAAUACGGUAGUAACGGUAAUUGAUCAGGCGUCGUUCGAUGUUUAGAGAGUGAUAUAAUCGUGGUGUUUCGUUUUUAAAAUAACAGUCGGUAUAAAAACAAAUAUAUAGUAUAAUAACUAUAUCAGUGUGGUAAAACUUAGGCAAGUAAGUUAUUAUAAAAAUAUUGUUGAACCUGUGUGAAGUACGUCGUGUUUAAUCAAAUUUGCAAACGUGCAGCGUGUCGAAUGGACUCUAUAUCUACGGAAUUAAAAAAAUUGAUCAUAUAUCGGUAAAAACUGCAGCUCGACUCGCUUCGAAGGACAAAUUUGUCUCGCUUGUUGGAAAAAAGUUUUACUUUUCCCCACUUACGAUAUUAGUCGAUCUAGCUGCAUAUAAUUACUCCCGGUUGUAAAAUAAAGUGUAGCAAAGUGACUUCCACAAAGUGUGACGGUGAUAAGACUGCGAUUCAGCCGUAUCCCCGUGACGUCAUUGUCAGCAUUAAUGAUAAACGGAAUCAAGGGAUCGAAUUAAGAACGAUCACCGACUUCUCCGGUCUGAAUUACAAAAGUGCCACCAAUUACGCGGACAUCGACGAACGCCUUCUGACAACCGCCCUGACGCGUCACUAUGCCGCAGUGAUGGAGGGCGAGGGCACCUUGGGCCGGGGGCACGCGAACGGGGGCCGCGGACUGCGCCGGCAGCGGUCCCUGGAAUGGCGUGAACGGCGCGGUUACGGUGGUGCGCCAUCGAGCAGCGACGAAGAGGACAACUCUCGCCACGGCGUCGGUGGGCCCCCGUCGACGGGGGGCCGGGGGGCCCGCAGUCCGGGCCAGGUCUUCGCCUCAAUAUUGGCGCAGCAGUACAAUGGCGCCGCUGAUCGGUCAUAUCGCACCGGAUCCGACACGGAGGGCGCCGCGACGACGGAUAAUCCGACGACCCCCUUCCCGACGCCGCCGCCGACCUUGACCCCCAAUCAUCGGCAGGCAUCCCCGUUUCCUUUGGAGAGCACAAAUUCGCGUCGGCAUCACUACAACGGGUCCGCGAUGUCGGACAGGUCACGUAGCGGAAACGGCGAAACUGUAUACGCUGCACCGACAAAGAAAAACAACUCCGCUGCCGGCGGCACUCUCAAUCGACGUAAUCGCCGAGGACACGCCAGCGCUUUAAGCAGCAGCUCGACCGCGAGCAGCGACAGAUCAGAGGCCGUUUUUCCCGACGAACAUUCUCGCAUGCACCUCAACAACGACACCGGCGGUGAUUCACCCCCGGAACCAGCUCCCCCUGAAGUUCCACCACGGGGCCCUUCCCUCCAUGCCACCCACACCCUUCGAGCACAGCAGGUCCGAAACGGUUGUCCACCGAACGCCACUGCCGGAUAUGCCAUUCCGCCGGAACAAGUUCAGUCCGAAAACUAUCAAGAAUACUUGAUGUCCGGAAGUCCGCGUAGUUAUCCGGCGCGUUCACCGGGGGUUGCAGCGACUCCGACUCUUACCAGGCUCCCUCCACCCCAGCAGCAGGUCACCGUGGGCUCCCUCGGAGGCGGCGGUUCCGCUGGAAACGGUGGCGCUCCGGGACAACCUUUGGCGAUGCCGGUAUUCCCGCUUCGCGCUGGUCCAGCUCCGCAUUACUCGCCAUAUUCCCCGUCACGUUUCCACAUUGACAAGAGAUGCCAGCACCGAUGCUCCUGGAAGUGUUUCUCGAUCGCGUUAAUACUCCUGGCUGUCGCCCUGACAGCGAUGCUCGCCUACUUUGCGGCUGUCAGCUCAAUGCGACCGAUGGACAGCACCAACUGUAUCCUCGUGCAAGACGUAAAAGCUGUUACCCACGAGAACGCGCACAUGCACGAUCCGAUAUCGACGCCAAUUCCCACAGAAGAAUCUCUACCGACGAGCACAGCGGAGCACUCCAGUGCCGCGGACAACAUCGGCGACCAGCAAAGCGACCCGCAGAUCCAGCAGUCCGCCCAAUGGCCAGCCGUCCUCGAGCUGCGUGCCUAUAACGUGGCUCAUUCUGCCGUCAUACCGCCAUAUCACUUCUGGAACUCGGAGUUCCGAAACAAACAGCCAGCCUUUAUUCGUCUAAACUUUACGUUACCCUGGGGUGCGAACUUCGCUGUCUACGGUCGGCGUAACGUCGCGCCCAGUGUAACGCAGUACGACUUUGCCGAGUUCGUGAAGGGCGGCCGGGUCGACCAUCGACUGAAACGAGAAAUCGUCCCGGCGGACGCCGUGAGCUUUAUGAAAUCGGAAGAGGGCGUUUCGGGUGACCCUUACCAGGCCGAACAGCCAUCAGCGACUCGGAACGUCCUGGCAAAGCGAUCGCUGGUCGAACCGAUGCUGGUAAACGUGACCCUCCUUCAGUUCCUGGACACCGGUCGCUGGUUCCUCUCCGUCUACAACGACGAGCUUCAGCCGCAUAAGGUCAGCCUGGUCGUCACCGAGGCCGAGGACAUGUCGACCACUUGUCCGAACGACUGUUCAGGUCGGGGUUCCUGCUACCUCGGUAAAUGCGACUGCAUCGAUGGCUAUCAGGGUGCCGACUGCAGCAAAAGCGUAUGUCCGGUCCUCUGCUCGGCCCACGGUCAGUACGGGGGUGGAGUGUGUCACUGCGAAGAUGGAUGGAAGGGUGCCGAGUGCGACGUGCCUCUGGGCGAUUGCCAGGUCCCGGACUGCAACCAGCAUGGACAGUGCGUGCGAGGGUCGUGCGUCUGCAGCGCCGGAUGGAAGGGAAUCUUUUGCAACGAGCCCGAUUGUCCAGACCCGAGUUGCAACGGUCACGGGACCUGCGUCUCCGGCAAGUGUUACUGCAAGGCCGGAUGGCAGGGAGAACGCUGCAACCAGGUCGAUCAGCAGGUGUAUCAGUGUCUUCCCGGGUGCUCGGACCACGGAACUUACGAUUUGGAGGCAGCAUCCUGCAUCUGCGAGGAACACUGGACCGGUGUUGAUUGUUCGCAGCCAAGCUGCGGCCUCGACUGCGGUCUUCACGGAUCGUGCGAACAGGGACAUUGCAAGUGUCACGACGACUGGACCGGCUCCAGGUGCGAUCAGAAGCCGUGCGAUGUUCGCUGCGCCGAUCAGGGUCAGUGCAAAAAUGGAACGUGCGUCUGCAGCCAGGGAUGGAACGGUCGACAUUGCACGUUGCCCGGAUGCGAGAACGGGUGCAGUCGUCACGGUCUCUGCACACUGCAAGAGGGAGAAUACAGAUGCGAGUGUUCCAUCGGAUGGGCUGGACGAGACUGCAGUAUUCGUCUUGAAAUGGAAUGCAACGACGACCUCGACAACGACCAAGACGGAAUGGUCGACUGUUCGGACAGCGAGUGUUGCUCGCAUCACGCCUGCUCCGAUCACAUAAUGUGUUUGGCCAGUAACGAUCCGGUCGAAGUACUGCUGAGAAAACAGCCGCCAAGCGUGACAGCAUCCUUUUAUCAAAGGGUUAAAUUCCUUAUCGAAGAAAACAGCGUCCAGAGCUACGCGCAUAUGGACGAGUACAGCGAGAGUGAGUUCUGGAAUAACUUUACACCGCGCCGGGUCGCCGUGAUGCGAGGUCAAGUAGUAACGGAACAGGGGCUCGGAAUAGUAGGGAUCCGAGUCUCGGUCGACAGGGAUUCGCGCUUUGGAUUCACCCUGACAAGAGCCGGCGGAUGGUUUGACGUCCUCGUGAACGGCGGAGGUGCCGUGACACUGCAGUUUCAACGAAGUCCUUUCAAGCCUUUGACUCGCACGGUGUUCGCCCCGUGGAAUCAAAUCGUUGUUCUACCUCCGGUAGCUAUGACGCUCAGCGAAGAAAGCGAAUCCUACAGACCGAAUCAACCCCCCAGUCCUGCUGUUGGCUUCCCAGGGAUCUCGAUGGGCCUAUUUGGCGAACGUGGACCCUGCCUGGAACACGAUCAUGAGAUCUUACGACCGAUCAUCGUCGGCACGUGGAUGCCGGAAAAAGUUGGCGGUUUGCCCGGAAAAAGUUUGGUAUUCGCGGAAACUCAGAUUGUCCAAGAGAGCAUAGCCAUUCCGGGUUCAAAUCUCCAUCUGAUGUAUCAAAGCAGUCAGGCGGCCGGGUACAUGUCAACGGUGAGAAUGCAGCUAACAGGACCGUUCAUUCCGAAAUCUCUGACGCACGUCCACGUACACGUUGAAAUCGAAGGUUCGCUGCACGCUAAAACGUACGAAGCAGAUCCGAACCUCGAGCACACGUUUGCUUGGAAUAAGCGAAACGUUUACAAACAAAAAGUGUACGGCGUAGCCCAAGCUAGAAUUUCUAUCGGUUACCAACACUCGAGCUGUCAAUCGGUAGUUUGGGAAACGCAAACAGCAACUUUGCACGGAUUUGACGUUGACAUAUCCGACGUUGGCGGAUGGGGUCUGGACAUUCAUCAUCAUUACAACUUCCACGAAGGGAUACUGCAGAAGGGAGACGGGUCAACCCUACACUUCAAACAAUACCCGCGUACGGUGAAGGUUGUUAUGGGCACUGGAUUGCAACGAAGCUUAGUUUGCACCAACUGCAAUGGUCCGGCCAAAGAUGCGCGACUCCUGACCCCCGUGGCACUGACAAGCGGACCGGACGGAAGCAUAUACGUUGGGGACUUCAAUCUUGUCCGAAGAAUCACUCCGGACGGAAAUGUGAACACGGUGUUGAUUCUAAGUGCAACCCAAGUGGCGUACCAGUAUUAUCUCUCCGUUUCACCGGCCGACGGUCACCUCUACAUCAGUGACCCGGAGAAGCACCAAAUACUGAGGGCUCUGUCUCUGGAGAAAGUUGAUGACCCUAGCAUAAACAUGGAUAUAGUGGUCGGAAGUGGCGAAAGAUGCAUUCCGGGCGACGAGGGGCACUGCGGUGACGAGGGUCCGGCCAUUCACGCGAAGCUUGCACAUCCCAAGGGUAUCGCCAUUGCCGCUGACAAAACCAUGUACAUUGCCGAUGGCACAAACAUUCGAGCCGUCGAUCCGCGCGGCAUAAUUCACACGCUUGUUGGCCACCACGGUCACCAUAACCACUGGUCACCCGCGCCGUGCAUGGGGGCCAUUCCAGCGCAUCAAGCACAACUUCAGUGGCCAACGGGAUUAACUCUGAGUCCCCUCGACGGAUCGUUACAUUUUAUCGACGACCGAUUGGUGCUAAAACUGACGAGUGAUUUGAAAGUUCGCGUGGUAGCAGGAACACCCCUACACUGCACGAGUAACGCGAAUAUCAACUCGUCGACGCCCGUUAACGGCAAAAAACCGGACGAAGUGCUCGGGUCAGUUUUGGCCGUCGCCUUCAGUCCGACCGGAGAGUUGUACAUUGCCGACAGCGACUCGCACAGAGUGAAUUCGAUAAGGAUGGUCGACUCCUCGGGGAAGAUGUACCACUUUGCUGGUCAGCAACAAGAGAGACUACGAGGGCAGUGCGAGUGCAACAACACCACCCCCAGCACCAAGGUAAUGGACGCCUGCACUUGUACCGACGACACGAGCAGCACCGAAACACUAUUGUCGUCGAAUGCAAAGUUCCUAGCAAUAUCCGCUUUGGCGGUAUCUCCAGACGGUGUUUUGCACGUCGCCGAUCAGGGGAGCCUGCACAUCCUCGCACUGCAGCCUUAUCUUCCAAACCACGACGAGAGCGGAGAAUUUCACAUACCAUUUCCACCGUCGAAUGAAGUUUACGUGUUCAACCGUUACGGUCAGCACGUCGCCACCAAAGAUUUGACCUCGGGAAAGACGAGAUACUCGUUUCUGUACAGCAAAAAUACGAGCUUCGGAAAAUUAUCUACCGUCACCGACAGUGCUGGCAAUAAAAUACAGUUUUUGAGGGAUUACAGCAACGUUGUCAGUUCCAUUGAAAAUACUCAGGAUCACAAGUCUGAACUGAAAAUUUCCGGGGUCGGAUUCCUCGUAAAAUUAUCGGAACGUGGUAGAUCCGAAAUCGCGCUUGACUACGACAGCUCAACUGGUCUGCUCACCAGUCGGUCUGGAGGAAGCGAGACCUACAUGUACUCUUACGACAACCUCGGUCGUGUGACCGACGUAAUCUUACCGACCGGUGAAAAACUAAAACUCAGCUCUGGCCUAUCGAAGAACGAGGGUUUGUCCGUGAAGGUGUCCUCGCCUCUUCAGGCGCUUCGAAAAGGAGACAAGCAACGGUAUCUCGAAAUGAUCAUGAAGAACGAUAAAUUCAAGACCCUUCGAAUCACCGAUGGAACCGAAGUGGAAGUGGCGACAGCCUUCACAAACAGCAGUCUAACGCUUUCUCUACCAGGAGGUGGAUCAGUGUUGAGCGCGGCUAAAGCCAAACAUCCACUACUAGAAGCCGCAUUGCCAGUGGAAGCGGAAAUGCUUCCAAUGUGGAGCUACCAGGUAAUGAACCUUGGAGAAUUGACCAACACUAUGACGACAGCGUACAAUCUUGUCGGUGACGUGAGUCACCUCCAGCAGACGUUGAAUAGAGAAAUUUGGGUGAACGACACCCGGGUAAUAGGGGUUGAAUUCGAGCAGGCGUUCAGCCGUGAAACGUUCUACGACAAAAACCGCACCCCGCUAUUGACCGUAACCUUUGACCCGGCCGGUUUGCCACUCAAUUGGCAGCCCUAUCACCACGGCUAUAAUCUCACUAUAUCCUACGACAAUUUUAACCGUAUUGAAAGUUGGAAAUGGGGCGCGUCCGAUGAGACAUACAGCUACGACCGCCACGGACAUUUGGCGGAGGUAACGAACAGCCAGGACGGCACCAAGAGGUACACGUACAACGAUUACAAUAUGUUGUCGAAAAUAACGUUGGCCAGUUCACGACGGUUCACACUUCAGUACGACGACGACGGUGGGCUACGUCACGUUACUCUGCCAUCCGGUACCAAACACUCGUUCUCCUGUCAAGCUUCCCUAGGAUUUUUGAGGGUAACCUACACUCCUCCCGGAAGUUCAAGGGCUUAUUUACAACAUUACAGCCACGACGGAAACCUCCUGCAGACUGUUUUCCCCGGGGACGGUGCUCGCAUUGUCUACAGAUAUCACACUUCCGGUCAGAUAGCCGAAAUUAUUCACGGAGACGGUAAGAGCGAGAUAAUAUACACAGAGAACGGUUUACCCUCGGAAGUGAUACACUCGGAAAAAGAUGUCGAGUACAAAUGGGACUACCAAUACAACGCCGGUCUUCUGAUCGAGGAAAGGAUCGAUUUCGGGGCAAAGACAGGGCUAAGUAACGCAAAAUUCACGUUCGAAUACGACGACAAUUUCCGACUGACAGCAGUCCAGGGAAGAAUCGGAGGUCACACUCUGCCGCAGCAUCUGAUGGCUUACAACCCGAAAACAGGAACCCUCGAGCAGAUCGGACAGUUUAAAAUCGGUAAACCAAAAAUGAACGAGACCACCGUGUCCGAUGGUACGGCGUUAUUUUCUCGCAGUACCGACGGUAGGUUUUUAGAGACCCAAGUAACCGUAACCAUCCACAACAUGGAAGUGUUUAGGAUGGAAUUUAACCACGAUUCAAGAGGGCGUAUAAAUCAGACGAGAACUUACACUCGCAACGUGGCUGUGAAUAUGUUCACAAACGUGAAAAACUACACGUGGGACUACGACGGUCAAUUGACGGGUGUCGAGGCCCAGGAACCCUGGGGUUUCAAGUACGACGACAACGGAAACAUGCUCUCUCUAACUUACCGUGGAAAUACGAUCCCCAUGGAGUACAACGCGAUGGAUAGGAUAGUGAAAUUCGGCGAAGGUCUCUACAAGUACGACAACAGGGGUUUGGUCGUUCAAAACGCGAGGGAAGAACGCUUCAACUACAACGCAAAGGGGCUUCUGGUUCGAGCCAUGAAAAGGGGUCGUUUCGACGUGCGUUACUACUACGACCACCUCGAUCGCCUUGCAACGAGAAAAGACAAUUACGGAAACGUGACACAGUUCUUUUACAACAAUCAACAAAGGCCUCACGAGGUCAGCCAAAUAUACAGCCCCCGUGACGCGAAGCUUAUGUCGCUCGUCUACGACGACAGGGGGCACCUGAUAUACGCCCAAGUUUAUCGUCACAAGUAUUACAUCGCGACAGAUCAAUGCGGCACACCUAUAAUGAUAUUCAACCAAUACGGCGAAGGAAUUAGAGAGAUAAUGAGAUCGCCGUACGGACACAUAGUCUACGAUUCGAACCCGUAUCUUUAUCUGCCGGUAGAUUUCUGCGGAGGAUUGUUGGACCAGGUCACCGCUCUAGUCCACAUGCCGAAUGGAAAGGUUUACGAUCCGUUGAUCGGAAAGUGGAUGUCACCCUUGUGGGAAAACGUACUGGACAGAGUAGCCACACCUACGCACCUCAACCUUUACCGAUUCAACGGCAACGAUCCGAUCAACGUGAGGCACACGAGUCAGCAAAAUCAACCCACGGAGCACUUGACCUGGCUGUCUCACCUGGGAUACGAUCUGAAGAGUCUGGCGCCUCAGCUCUUCCCGGAUGAGCUUAUCGGGGGUCCGGUCGGUUCGACAUUCGGCCCGAGCAGUUCUAUAUUCGGCAGCAAAGAAAGAGCAAGAAAUUUGGGAGUGAAAUCCGGUUUCCUUGCGCACAUAUACCAGCGGAACUCUGGAGACGCUGCGAGUUUGUCAGCGCCGCCUAGAUCAGCCCUGAAGAAGGACGCCAUCGAAUUGGCACCAAAUCGUUUGGGUGCGGCGUCGGAUCCGCCAUUUGGAAAGGGUAUCCUAGUGUCGCGAACGUCGGACGGACAAGCAGUGGUAUCCUCGGUACCAGCGGCGAACGCGAUAUACAAGGACGUGUUCACUUCGGUAUUCAACAGGUCCUACUUCCUGCCGUUCACCUUCGUCGUUCACAGCACACAGCAGGACGCUUUGUACUUCGUCAAGGAGGAGGUGUGGAGAGCUAGCGAAGACCGGGGCCAGCUGAAACGUCUCGGGGGUCAGGUGAAUACGACCUUUCACGAGAACGAGAACGGAAGCGGAAGCAGUUCGUUAAUCGACGUGAAAAUACACGGCGCGAGCGCUGUUGUCAACUUGAGAUACGGAACGACUGCGGAAAAGGAAAAACAACGGCUUCUUCAUCACGCGAAGACCACAGCCCGACGGAAGGCGUGGCACCGCGAGAGGGAAGCUCUCAGAAGCAACACACCGACGACCGUCGAAUGGAUGGCAACGGAACAAGAAGAGAUUUUGAAAGUUGGCUACGCAUCGAAUUACGAAGGUGAAUACAUCCAUGACGCGCAAAUAUAUCCCGAGCUAGCCGAGGACCCUUACAACAUUAAGUUCGUCAAAAAGGCGGUGGAUCCGUCGAGUAAGAAGAGGCGCAGGAGGAGAGGGACACCGGCGUGCAAACUUUGGUGGCUCGAUCAUUUUUGUUGAUUCGGAAUGUAAUUCCUAUAUUUAAAACAGGUGGGAGAGAAAAAAAAGAUUUUUUAAAUAAAAUUGAAAAUUGUAAAGAAAAAAAAAAAAAAAUUAAAAAGAAAUUAAGUAAACUAAAAAUUCCCCCAACUAAACCUAUGUAUGCAACGGACUGUCUGAAGAAAGAGCGAUGAACUGUUGAAAAAAGUUAAAUUGAUAAAGGAACGAUAAGAAAAAAAAAUUAAAAUAUAAAAAAAAAACAAGCCGCUGUACGCUCAGCUGCGCUCUACAUGCACACAGAACACUAUCGAAAAGAUGAAUGUAAUAACGAAAAAAAUAAAAAAAAAAAUAAAAAAAUAAAAAGAUGAGAAAAAAGUUUUCAAAAAAAUUUUAUACCAAAGUCUAUUUGUGUAUUUCAAAGAUGCCAAAACACUAACAUUAUAAUAUACUUAUGUAUAAAUAUAUAGGGUGUAUAGUGGUAAGACUUUUAAGAAUUCCGUGGUCUAUAAUAUGCGAAACUAAAACCAAACCUAAAAGCACUUGAAAAGAAAAUGAAAAACGAAAAAAAAAAAAAAACGACACGUCGAUGUAACUAUACCGCAAGGAAUGACUGUCUCAUUUAUUGUUGCCAAUAAGCUUGCCGUGUCGUCGUCGAUGUCAAUGGUGCCGAUGGAUUUAAUGUGAAACGAAGGAAGAAAAGCAACAGAGAAAAGCCAAGUCACGGAAGAAAAAAAAAAAAAUUUUAUAACAACGCAUAGGUACACGAUCUCGGUUCGCAGCGCGAUGAGACGUUGAAGGGGAAGAUUUUUGUUGAAGAUUGAAAAGACUAAUAACGUGACGAUAUUUCAGGUGACAUAUUUCACAAACACCAUAAGUAUAUCGAUGAUUGUAUAAAUGUUACGAGAAAUUCAAACGGACGACAGCGUGAAAAAAAAUAAUUCAUGUAAAAUGGAUAACAAGACAGAUACUAUUUGUCAAACCCGUUAACGCACCGUUUUAUGAAAAUUAUAAAAUGAUAAGAUGUAUCAUAUAGAUAUAUAGUAAUAAUAAUAACAACAACAGCAACAGCAAAAACAAUAAUAAUAAUAAUAAUGAUAAGGUCGAGAAAAAUAAUGAAAGCGACCGAAUAAAGAUAAUGAGGGAAAGUGGGGUUGACGGGGUUAAGAAGAGAUUUGACAAACAGGUCGAGAUGCAUUCAUACAAGGUAAUUAGAUGAAUAAGUCAAAUGUUUCAUGCGGCCAUUUACUGUUGAGUUUGGGAUGAGUGAGAGAACCUAGUCAAUACAUAGCUUUACAUCGGCGUAUUAUAAGCUAUAAAAAAAAAAAGAAGAAGACGAAAAAGAGCAGAGGGGAAUCGUAAGAGGAAAAAAAAAAAGUAAUUAAC